AUGAAACAGUUAAAACUUGUAGAUUUUGUUAUUUUCUUGUUCUUUUUGACUGAAUCCCUAAGCUUGCCCACAAAGCCUCAAGAUGUUGAUGAUUUUAGUAUUACCCAGAAAUUUAUAGAAGAGAAUGUUGGAUAUAUCACCAUUAUUACAUUUGCUCAAUAUAUUCAGAAGGCAUCCUUUGAGGAAGUAGAAAUGUUGGCAAAAGCCAUGACGGAAUACAGAGAUCAAUGCUUGACCAACAGGACACUCCCUCAGUGUUCAAAACUACCUAAUGAUGCUUUACUAGAAGCAAUAUGUUCUAUGGAGGGGCUGCCAAAAGAGCAUAAUUUUUCACACUGCUGCAGUAAGGUUGACUUUGAAAGAAGACUCUGUUUCUUUCUUAAUAAGAAAGCUGAUGUAGGAUUUCUGCCUCCUCUGCCUACUCUGGAUCCUGAAGUGAAAUGCCAGGCUUAUAAAAGUAACAGUGAAUCUUUUCUAAGCAAUUAUAUCUAUGAAGUUUCCAGAAGGAACCCCUUUGUUUUCGCCCCUACACUUCUAACAGUCGCUGUUCGUAUUGAGGAGAUGAUUAAAACAUGUUGUGAGGAACAAGACAAAGCUAACUGCUUUCAAACAAAGGCGGUACCUGUCAUACAAUAUUUAAAAGCAUUGUCUUCUUAUCAAAAAACUGUCUGUGGGGCAUUUUUGAAGUUUGGACCACAAGUUUUAAAAUCUAUAUACAUUGUUACACUUAGUCAAAAAUUCCCCAAGAUUGAAUUUAAGGAACUCACCUCCCUUCUAGAAGAUGUUUCUUCCAUGUACAGUGGAUGCUGUGAAGGGGAUGCUGUGCAUUGCAUUCAUGGCAGGAGCAAAGUUAUGAGCCAUAUUUGUUUAAAACAAGAUUCCAUCUCCAGCAAAAUUAAAGAGUGUUGUGAAAAACAAAUUCCAGAACGUGGCGAGUGCAUAAUUCACUCAUAUAAAGAUGACAGACCAGAGGAUUUAUCUCUAAGAGAAGCAAAAUUUACUGAAAACAAAAAUGUCUGUGAAGAACGAAAUGCUGACCAACAUAUCUUCAUGGCUAAGUUUCUUUAUGAAUACUCAAGGAGACAUCAAGAGCUGUCUACACCAGAGCUUUUAAGAAUUGCUAACGUGUAUGAUGACCUCCUGAAAGAGUGUUGCAAUGCAGAAAACCCUCCAGACUGUUACAGUAUUGCAGAAAGCAAAUUCAAUGAGACAACUGAGAAAAGUCUCCAGAUGGUACAACGAGAAUGUGAACGUUUCCAGAGCCUGGGAAAGGAUGGCUUGAAAUACUACUACUUGAUCAGAUUCACAAAGAUAGCCCCUCAGCUCUCCACUGACGAACUGACCUUUCUUGGCGAGGGAAUGGUGACAGCUUUGACCUCCUGCUGCACGCUGAGUGAAGAGUUUGCCUGCGUUGAUAAUUUGGUGGAUUUAGUUCUUGGAGAGAUAUGUGGAGUAAAUGAAAAUCGAACCAUCAACCCUGCUGUGGACCACUGCUGUAAAACCAACUUUGCCUUCAGAAGGCCCUGCUUUGAGUCCUUGGAACUCGAUAACACAUACGUGCCUCCAUCUGCCUCUCUAGGUUUAUUUACCUUUCACACAGGCUUGUGUCAGGAGCAUAAUGAGGAGCUCCAGAGAAAGAAAGACAGGUUUCUGGUCAACUUAGUGAAGCUAAAGCCCGAACUUGCAGAUGAGGCGCUGCGGUCGUGGUUCACGGAGUUCUCUAACCUGGUGGACAGGUGCUGCAAGGCCACGGGGCCCGGAGCCUGCUUUAAUGAACAGGGUCCAAAAUUGGCAGCCAAAAUCCAGACUUCUUGA